GACUGUGCUACGAUUUGUGCGGCGGUUCCAUGCAUACUCAUUGGCCCCGGUUCAGAAAAGUCUGCUAGAUCACGAGCAUUACCGUUCGAUACACACCACGACGACGACGACACACGGCGAAAGUGUUGUUAGUGCUUGAACAACGGGGAAAAAGUGAAAAAUUUUGCAAAAGCACCGACUGCUUCGAUGGGUACUAGCGAAUAUUCGGCAUAGAGAGGGCACAUGUGCACAAGGCCUCGUCAGCAUACUCGAUCGCCGUUGAGGGCUUCUUGCGAUUCAGCAGCGCCUACUCGGACGGAUGUGUUGUGUUACUUUGUUGUGGUACAAUAACAAUUGGUGGCGUUUGUUGGUGCAAGUGGCAGCUGUUUUCUAUGCUUUAGACGUUAUUCUUUCAGCAGCAGAAGCAGCAUAGUAUCGAAUAUUGUGCAAAGUGACUAAAGUAGAAGAGUGAAAGCACUGUUUAUCUCCCUUCCCUUAUUUUUUGGGUUAAGUGGUUGUGUUUCGAGUGGCUGAAGGAAAAAAUCUUGGAAAAAGAAAAACGACGCGAUUUUUGACGAUUUCGGGAGGAAAUCGAUUUUGUGUAAAAAGUUACCGAACUGAUCUGCUAUAUAGCAGGCGGUGGAAGAAUGCCAGUCAAAAAGCAAGAAGCACACCGAGCUCUCGAACUGCUCGAGGACUACCACUCACGAUUAUCGAGCCCGCAGGACAGGGCCCUUCGCAGUGCCAUUGAACGAGUCAUACGGAUAUUCAAGUCGAGACUCUUUCAGGCUCUGCUCGACAUUCAAGAGUUCUACGAACUAACCCUACUGGAUGACUCGAAAUCCGUACAGCAGAAAACGGCAGAAACGUUACUUAUAGCGAGCAAAUGGGAACAGGACAAUGCCAUCAAAACAAACGAGAAUGGCACCAUCACCAACCAUAUCCCUGCUCUGAUGCAAUCUAUAUUGAAUGGUCACCAAAAGCAGCAACAGCAGCAACAACAACAACAGCAACAGAACUACAACAGCAACAUCAACAACAACAAUAAUAACAACAACAACAACAAUAAUCUACAGCAAGAGCAGAUGGACAAUCAGGCAAAUCGAAUUAAACAACAACAGGAACUGCAGCAACAGCAGCAGCAACAACAACAACAACAACAGCAGGAAAUGGGCAAACAGCUCCAGAAAGAAGAGGAAAAACCGGCUGUUCCUAUGAUCCUUGCCGAGAUACCGUCACCCUCGCGCUUCUCGGGAACCAGAGUCAACACAUCCAAUUCGAGCGAUGUUAAACAGAUGAAUGGUGACGCCGUUUGGGAGUACGAAGAAAUUGCCCUGGUCCGUGGAUCGACUGGGCUCGGAUUUUCGAUUGCCGGCGGAACGGACAAUCCGCACAUCAAUCUGGAUGCUUCGAUCUACAUUACCAAGGUUAUUCCAGGCGGGGCAGCGUACGCGGAUGGGCGGCUGCAAGUGAACGAUUGCAUCGUCUCCGUCAACGAUAUGUCCGUGGUGAAUGUGACCCACGGGGAGGCAGUGGAUGCACUGAAGAAGGCUGGCGAACGGGUUACGUUACACAUACGAAGAAAACGACCGCCGGCGCAGGCGCCCAAACAGGAACAUAUCGAUCUAGUAAAGGGUAACAAGGGACUCGGAUUUUCGAUCGCCGGUGGCAUUGGCAAUCAGCACAUUCCGGGCGACAAUGGAAUCUACGUGACGAAGAUCAUGGAUGGUGGGGCGGCCCACGUUGAUGGUCGGCUUGCCGUCGGAGAUAAACUGAUCGCCGUCAGAACCAGCGAAGGAGAACGCAAUCUCGAGAAUGUGGUUCACGAGGAAGCGGUGGCCACGCUGAAGGCAAUCACCAACCGGGCAACGCUGAUCGUACAGAAGACCAACAUUCUGCAGGCGCUGGCCAACUCGAUCGGGAACCUUAACUCCCUGUCCACUAGUGCAAUGAAUCAGGUCGGUCAGAGCGUGGUCGAUCAUGCGGUUUCCGGUGGUGAGCUGCGAUCACACUCGCCCAUGCUGGACAACUCAUCGUCACGGUAUGCGUCCUCGAACCUGCUGGAGUCGGGCAUGCCGAUCGGGACACCCCGGGCCGUUAGUCAUGAGGAUAUUGCGAGAGAGCAAAGAACAAUAGUCAUCCAGAAGGGUCAAUCGGGAUUGGGCUUCAACAUUGUCGGCGGCGAGGAUGGGCAGGGUAUUUUUGUGUCAUACGUGCUCGCUGGUGGAGCAGCCGACAUAGGGGGCGAACUGAAGCGGGGCGAUCAGCUGCUAAGUGUAAACGGAGUCAGCCUAUCGGGUGCUUCCCACGAAGAUGCAGCCCAAGCUUUGAAGAAUGCUGGCGGCACAGUCACCCUAGUUGCACAGUAUCGCCCGGAGGAUUACAACCGAUUCGAGCAGCGAAUACAGGAACUAAAGCAGCAGGUUGUAGCCGGAACUGGAACCCUGCUUAGAACAUCACAGAAAAGGACACUUUAUGUGAGGACACUCUUCGAUUACGACCCGAUUCGGGACGAUGGUCUACCGGGCCGUGGAUUACCCUUCCGCCAUGGUGAUAUACUGCACGUGACAAACGCAUCCGACGACGAAUGGUGGCAGGCGCGGCGCGUGAUCGGAGAAGACGAAGAGGAAAGCAUCGGAAUCGUUCCGUCGAAGCGACGCUGGGAACGGAAACAGAGGGCACGCGAUCGAAGCGUCAAGUUUCAAGGUCACGCCGGUGGAAACAUGGAAAAGAUUUCGACACUGGAUCGUAAGAAGAAAAACUUCUCCUUCUCAAGGCGAUUUCCGUUCAUGAAAAGCAAGGACGACAAAAACGAAGACGGUUCCGAUCAAGAGCCGAAUGGCAAUGUAUGCGAUCAGAAUAAUCAUGAUUCAGAGCAGCCUUUCAUGCUUUGCUACACACAAGACGAUGCGAAUGCCGAAGGCGAAAUUAUCUACCGCGUGGAACUACCCGACAUGGAGCAGAUAACUCUAAUUUACCUGGAGAAUAAUGAUGCUGAUUCCGAGGAAAACAUUCUUUCGUACGAAUCGGUCCAACGCUUGCAGAUCGGUUACACCCGACCGGUGAUCAUUUUGGGACCGCUGAAGGAUCGCAUCAACGAUGACCUCAUCUCCGAGUAUCCGAAUCAGUUCGGUUCGUGCGUUCCUCACACUACACGACCGAAACGCGACUACGAAGUGGACGGCCGUGAUUACCACUUUGUGGCCUCCCGGGAACAGAUGGAGAAGGACAUCCAGAAUCAUCUGUUCAUCGAGGCGGGUCAGUACAAUGACAACCUGUACGGGACGUCGGUUGCGUCGGUCCGGGAGGUUGCCGAGAAGGGCAAACACUGCAUCCUGGACGUGUCCGGUAAUGCGAUUAAGCGGCUGCAGGUGGCACAACUCUACCCGAUUGCCGUCUUCAUUAAGCCAAAAUCUGUGGAGUCGAUUAUGGAAAUGAACAGAAGAAUGACUGAGGAACAGGCGAAGAAGACUUACGAGCGGGCACUUAAGAUGGAGCAUGAGUUUGGCGAAUACUUCACAGCAAUCGUCCAGGGCGACACGAUCGAGGAGGUCUACAGCAAGACGAAGAACGUAAUCUGGUCGCAGAGUGGCCCAACGAUCUGGGUACCCUCGAAGGAAUCUCUAUGACCUCAGGCAAACAUUACGUGGACAUUGCCACCGAAUAUGCGCGCCCGACCGGUCUCACGAUCCGGCUAUCACCAUUGACGGUAGCCGAUGCCACCGCCACCACUACCAUCACCAUGAUGAUUAGUAAACCAGUAGGGGUCGACUUGAGCAAAUACACACACACCCACAUACAUUAUACACACUUUGUAGGUGUCGAAGAGAGCAGCUGUGCGGGAACUAAUAGCAAUUUUGUUGCUAGUAGAAUAUAACAGGAGAAAAAAAAAUAAAGAGCAAAACAUGUUGUUGUCUAUUAUUAUUAUUAAUAUUAUUAUUAUUAUUUUUAAAUUAUAUAUUGAUGCGAGAACGAGAGCAUGGCGAGUAAGAUUUUUAAGAGGACAUUUGCAUUAAAUAUUGGAAAUUUAUUUAAAUUAUUUUGUUCGAGAAUAAUAAACCUAUUGAUUAUUGAUGAAUGUUUAUUAAAUCAAUAUAUUUAUAUAAAAGAAGAAAAACUCUUAUAUAAAAUAAAUGUAUCUAAUGAAAACAAGCGAAUUAAACUAUAUGAAAGCAACCAUUGAAAAGAACUUGUAUAUUAGAAAAUAAAAGUCUAUAGCGUUCAUCCCCAGACGAGUUCGUGAAUCAUAUACGCUCUAAGUCCCUGAUUUUGGGAGAUUACAUCUACUACUAGUACUGUGCUUCGAAUAUUGUUGCGAGUGAAAUGCUAAAAAUCUAGUAGGGCAAAUAGAAACCGUUGCUUUGUGUCAAGAUAACAAGGGAAAUGAUGAUGCCAGGUGCAGCAUUUAUCUAGCAAAAAACCAAGAGAAAUUGUAAAUCCAGUCCUCACAAAUAAUUAGUCUAAUUUUCGGACAAUCAUCGACGUAUUUCCCCGUUUUCGGACAGUUAAUAUUCGCAUUGCAACAAAUACAAACAAACAUAAAAAACUCGCCUAGAAAUAUGAAAAGUACAGACAUGAAAAAACUCGAAAUAUGACACUUUGUGUUUAAGAUCAACCAGUUUUUAUUUGUUUUUAAUUUGCACCAAUCAAUUCACAAACGAAAAAAUAAAACCCUCACACGUACACAUCCACGAGAAGCACACCCAUGAGAAAUAAGCAAGGUAAACACCAUUUUACGUUCUAUCGCAUAAGUAGUGAUUAAAAAGAGCCAUCGGUUUAAGGGACGCCGUCUCUCCGUUGGUGAAAGGUGCGCUAAAAUAACCCCUCAAAUAGGUCCUAUACAGAAGUGAAUCGGAACAGUUAUCGAAAAAAGGCAUUUAAUUUUGAUGACUCGAACGAACGCCGUGCCAAAAUUUUACACGAAUCAUUCUGAGUAAAAAAAAAGAAACCAACCAAUCAUGAGAAUAUCAUGUUUAGAACCCUGUCGCCCAAAGCCAUAAAUUACAAUAAACGAAAAGAAUCCCGUGUGUCAUGAAUCCAACGCCCCCAGCCCUCUAUCAUUUGAACCGAAAUCAAAUCCGAGAAUUGAAAAAUCUUUACAUCGGUAGCCAAGAACGUUUCUUCAAAUUGCAUCCUUUUAGUAUAUUACUACUCUAGAACUAGUGCGACAAAGAUUAUAAAAAAAAAACUAAUAUAUCUCCUGAUGCCCCAUCUUCUUCAAACAUCUCCAGGGCAGAGUUUCUCCAUUCGGAAGAAGAGCUCGCGAACAGUCCCAUAACUAAACUGACCUGUUAUGUCAAGCAAAGCAAAGCUACUAGAAGUGCGUGCGAGAGUCAGACAUCGCCACGUACACGAUUAGGUACAUUAGAAAGCUGCCUUAAGAAAUCCAUAAAAAGUUUUAUAUAUAAUAAAAAAUGAUCGUAAAUUUAUUUCGAUUUGUUUAGAGCAAAGUGAAGGGAAGAAUAAAAUUGAUCAAUAAUGACUACGUGUAAAUAUGAAUUAAAAAUGAUAACAACAGAGAAGAAGAAAAACUAUAACCGAAAAAAAAUGAUGCUGAGUUCGUUAAGAGAUGUUCCGACUAAUAGAAAAGAAAAAAAACUAAUUAAACCCUAUACUCACAUCAAGUUGUGGAGAAGGAAAAAAACUGAUGGAAAAAAGUUGUUUAACUCUUGUAAUUGCAAUAAACGCGACAUUACGUAAAAAAUAA